AUGACCUUCGCAUCGGACGUGACGACGUCGUCUGUCUUCCUGGACUCUCUUCUGAUCGACGACUCUCUCAUCACUUGUGAAGUCUGUUUUGAGCCAUUCAACCAUCAGACUCGACCACCAAAACUUCUUCCAUGCGGACACAAUUUCUGUGAAUCGUGCAUUUUCAGUCUCUGUCUUCAUCAGGAGUACUACCUCCUGGACUACAUCAAAUGCCCAACGUGCCGUCGUGAGUUCACCAUGAAGACUGCUCGUCAAGCGCCGACCAAUUAUGAUCUUUGCAAAAUCCUCGAAAAUCUAUGGAAGCGAAAAGAGCAAAAUGUGACAGUGAUUGAGGUACCCGACAAGCCUUCUGAUCUUCCUCCACCCAUGAAAGAUGUCUGCGUCUCUCGAAAAAUGUCUUCUGACCAUCAUCAGAAGGCUCCACGUCAUCAUCACGUGUCCAAAAAGAUGAAGGCGUUGGCGAAGAAGUCGGAGGAGAGCAAACAUUUGAGAUGCUCGGAUUGUCAGAGGAAGAUCUCACAAAAGAACUUGUUCAGAGUCUCCAGAUACUGUGUUGAUUGCACUAGUACUAGUCGGAUGACAAUCGUAUGCCUGGAGUGCUGUGUGAACUAUCACAAUGGCCACGAGCUGCUCACCGAGGACUCCCUCCACCAUAACCAACUUCGUACCCUCACCGAUCUUCGCAAACUCCGAACCAAGAUUCUGGACACUUCAGAAGAGUUCGACAGCCGUUGUGAAGAUAUUCGAUCGUCUGGAAUGGAAAUUUGUGGAUCCCUGAUGGCUGAGAAACAGACUCUCCUUACCUAUACAUUGGCUAGUAUCGAUGACGUUAUACGGAGAAUUGAAAGUGCUCCAAUUCUAUUCCCACCUGUGUUGCGGACCAUUAAGGAUGAGCAAUCGCAUAACUUUGGGAUGUUAGAGAAGCUAGGAGUGCAGCUGGAGAAGUCGUUGAUCUCAAGGAAGAAUACCAAGCCGACUAGUCUGACGUUUAUAGAGAACAUGAAUGAAAGUGAUUUGGGGUGUCCUGUACAAUCCAAAGGGGCCGGACCCUCCCUAAAUCGAUCCCUAUCAAUCCGCCAAUCCAGAGUCUCCCUUCGUGGAGACCGUGACGAUUCCCUGUUCCAUGAAUCCAUCGCCAGCCUCGUCCGUUUGAUGCAUCAACAUCCAAUGUGCCUCCAACUCGAUUUCCAUCACUCUACAGUCUCUUCAAAGGAUACUGUAGAGCAGAGAAAACAGAAGAUCAUGUCGUGUGCUCAUGCGGCUACUUGCAUGCUCGAAAUGGAUACUCAGGUUUCGAUGCUUCCCAUUUUCGCGGAUGUUCUCUUGAAUUGCUUCUAUCAAUUGAAUCGAUUAUCGAAGAAUAAGUUUGUUGGGGAUGAUAAGAAGGCAUUUCGACGAGUCGAUAUCUGGAAACAGGUCCAGACGAGCUACACGGAGCUUUUUGGAAUCACCGCGAAGCAUUUUCCAUCUCAUCAUCCGGAACGUGUGGAUAUCUUGGAUGAUUUGGCCUAUUUGUGCCAUCUAUACAGUGAUGUUGCUGAUCAGGGUACCGUAACCAUUUGCCUUAUCGAAGCUGCCCGUGCACGAGCCUCUGAUCCAACAGGGCUCUCUGAAAUUGAGCAACAAAGAACCCAGGAGCGUCUGGAGCUCAUCGAUGAGCAUCUAACGGAGUGCCGACGUCUUCAGAAGCUUCUGGAACUUCGAAAAACUUCAAAAACCAAGAGACGCGGAGGUCUGAAGCGACUGUUUGGAGGAUGUUUUAUGCCGCAGGAGAGAGUUAAUGAGAGUCUUGUUUAUUGA